AUCGAUGGCGGCCAUCGGGAGUUGGCCACCUCUAAUCCCAGCUGUCCAACGAAAUUCUUGAAUUAUUUUUUUUUUACAAUUAUAGCUGUUUAUUGAGAAGUGUUUAUUAAUUACGAAGUGAAACAGGACGAACUGGGGCGCAUCCAUGAACUGAGUCUACUGCGCGAGUGCCCAUUGAGUAAAUGGGAGGAGGCAAUGCAAUGCGAAGCAAAAAAAAAUCUAUAACUCAAAAGUAGAGCAGAAGCAGCAGCAGCAGUUGGUGUAACACUGGGCGGAAGAGGAGGAGGAGGAGCAGGUGCUGGAGGCGCAGCAUCCUCAUCAUGGAACCCCCAGUGGCGGCGGCAGUGGCCCUGACUCCGUUGGUGGCCUGCUGCCUAGCGGACAGGAAUGUAGUGGAUGUCGUGCCCCACACAUCCAUGCCCAAUUCAGGUGAUGGUGAGGAAGAGGAGGAGGAGCAGGAUGAAGAUGAUGAUGAUGAUGAUGCCAAGGAUGAUGCGUACUACGAGGCGCGCAAUGGCAACGAAAGCGACGAACUGGAGCAGGCCUUCCAAAGUGCUUUAACACUGACCACCAACGCUCAGCCGGAGGUGAGCAUCAUCGAUGCGGAUGAGCAGCUGCAACUGCCGCCCGGUGAUGACAGUGCCAGUGCCAGUGCCAGUGCCUCUACCGCCUGUGGCCCUGCCCAGAUGGAUGCCCCUGUGCUGAUGCGCAGGAAACGUGAUAAUUCCCCAAAAGACUUAAGCCAUAACGAAGUAGGCUUGCUGCCAGCUAAUGAUUCGAAGCCAGAGACGGAAAGGGAAGUGGCGGAGACGUUGCUGGAUAAGGAGCCCCGCCAUCAGACGCUACUCUCCACCAAAUCCUGCGAAACGCCGGCCAACCACACGACGCUCUCGCCCACAAACUCGUACAACGGCAGCAUCGGCAGCGAUGGCAGCAGCAGCGUGGGUGGCGGCGCACGUCGCAAGUCCUGGACCCUGUCGCCCCAGAGCGGCGGCUCCACGCCCCUGAGCGGGGCCAAAAAGAAGACAAAAUCUGCAGUUGCAGCUGCAGUGCCAUCCGGCUGCUCCACGCUGUCCAACGCCAAUGGUGAGAGCUUCAAUCUGUGGGUCGCCCGGGAAUGCUUUGAAACGGUGCCCGCCGAGAUGGUGGACAGCCUCAGCGUGGCCGAGGUGGAUGAGGAGAUCGAGGAGGACGAGGAAGACGAAGAGGCGGCGGCUGUGGAGAGUCUACUGGGCGCAGCCGCCGCCCUGCAGGCCAGCACCAAUGUCCAGCGCCGACAGAAGCACCACUACCACCAGCAUCUGCAUCAGCCCUCGCCGCCCCAGCACCGACCACUGGAGCGCUCCUGGCCGCCCCGUGCCGUCGGCAGGGAGUUCAAGCUGCAGGGCGAUGUCUUCAAGUUUGAUAUCCUUGACACGGACGAGCGUCUGGUGGAGGAGGGUGUUGGCGGCAGCAGCAGCAGCACCAGUACCACUCCACAGCACAACUCGCCGCUCUCCACGCCGCCCGUGCGCUUCAAGCCGCUGAUCAAAAAGAAGAUCGGCCCGGACAGCUACAUCAAUACGAUCAGCACCCAGAAGGUGCCAGUGCCAACGGGAUCGGGUGGCGUUCAGCAGAGCUACGAGUUCCCCCCCACCUUCCCUCUGGUCAGCAACUCGGCGGGUGUGUCCGCCAGCGCCUCGCCGAGCAACAACUCCUCGUUUAGCCAGCAGCAGCAGCAUCAGUUCCCGUAUUUGCGCCAGCAUCGUCCCCUGUCCCGAGCUCUGUCCAACGGCAAGGCAGUCUCCACGUCCACGGAGGAGCAGCAGCAUUUGGUCUCCUCGCCCCGUCUGUUGCUCUCUCCCAAGCGCCAACGGAGCCCUCCCUCCGGCUGCUCCACUAGAAGUGCCUCGCCGCUAGAUGUGGCCGCCAGUCCGGAGCUGCACUCACCCACGCGGGGUCGAGGCGUCGGUGGCGUCACUGCCCUAACGGAGUCGACAGCGGCGGCUCCCGGCACGCCCACUUUCCAUGGCCAUCAGCGGCCACAGCAAAGACUGCUCAAGCGAGUGGGUGGAGGAGCGGGUGCGGGAGCGGGUGCCACUGCAACUGGCGUAGGGUCAUCUCUAGUCUGUCCACCUACGCCCACACACCAUGCCCGGCGGCAUGCCCGCCUUCAAGCCGUCACUGCCAACUCCAGCCAUCCAGCGGAGUGCUCCUCCGCCAGUUCUCCUCCAUCUAGUCAAUUGGAUUACAUCUACCUGCAGACGACGCCGCCCGCGUCGCCAGCAGCCCACGAGCCAGCCUCCGAGGAGAUGGUUCACAUCAGCAGCACCCGCCUGCCAUCCAUUCCGGAGCGUACAGCAGCAGCAGCAGCGGCGGCGGCGGCAGCUGCUGCAGCAGCCGGCGGAGCCGUCAUAGAGUCCGGAAUGGGAGCCGAGGGAGCCGGGGGACCUGGUGGUGGAGCUGGUGCUGGAGAGCCACCACUGCCACCUGCGUGGGAGGCGCGCAUGGACAGCCAUGGGCGCAUCUUCUACAUAGACCACACCACACGAACAACAUCCUGGCAGCGACCCGGAGCGGCGCCCAGCGGGGGACCGGCCGGACGUGAGCAACACCAUCGGCAACAGUUGGACAGGCGCUACCAGAGCAUACGGCGGACCAUCACCAACGAAAAUCGGUUGGCAGUCUACAGUCUGCCCCCGCCGCCACGGCAGUCAAAUGUAGCCUCCGCGGCACAACCCACUACAGCUGCCGCAGGUGCCGCCGCCGGUGCCGCAGGCGCUGCAGCCGGGACUACCUCGUCGGGCAUCCAUCCGGCCAUAAUGAUGCUUUGUCGGCCCGAUUUCUACUCCCUGCUGCACACGAACGAAGCGGCGCUGACGAUAUACAACCGCAAUGCCGCCCUCAAGCACAUGGUGAUGCGGAUCAGGCGGGACCCGCAGUGCUUCCAGCGGUACCAGUACAACAAGGAUCUGGUGGCGCUCGUCAACACGUUCGCUCAGAUGGGCCGCGAGCUGCCCUCCUGCUGGGAGACGAAGCUCGACCAGUCCGGCAAGCAGUUCUUCAUUGACCAUCAGCACCGGAAGACCUCCUUCAUGGAUCCGCGCCUGCCCGUCGAGUGUCCCCGUGUUGUGCGGCAUCGCCAGCAGCAUCAGCAUCAGUCGUACUUCCAUCCGGAUCUCGUGGACGGCAACUGCUUGUCAGCCACUAGUGGCCACAUCAACUCCAGCUCUGGUUCUGGCUCCGCCUCGGCUGCCUCCUCCUCCCUGGGCUCUGUGUCCGGUGUGCCACCACUGCCACCGCCUCGUCCCUCCUCCAGCAGCGGCAUCAGCGGUAGAAGCAGCCAUAUUGGACAUGGCGGCAGCCACAACUGCACCACAACGGCAGCCAUCGGCUGUGCAUACAGUAGUAUGGGCGGAGCAGCUGGCGGAGGUGGAGCCACUGCAGCCGGCUACGAGGAGGUGCCCAUUGCGUACAACGAGAAAGUCAUUGCGUUUCUGCGCCAGCCCAACAUCCUGGAGAUACUGCGCGAGCGCCAGGGACAGCACACGGUGUCCCGUUCGUUGCGCGAGAAAAUCAAUGUGCUGCGGGUGGAGGGCGUGCCGGCCCUAGAGCGGCUGGGUCAUGACCUACAAUUGACCAUUUUGCUUAGCCUGUUCGAGCAGGAGAUCAUGAGCUAUGUUCCUAUUGAAGAGCGGAGUCCACAGGGCUCGCCGGUGCUCAGCUCGAGGAUGCCGCAGCGUGCGCCGCCACCCUUCCGGCGCGACUUUGAGGCCAAGCUGCGCAGCUUCUACCGCAAACUGGAGUCCAAGGGCUAUGGCCAGGGACCGCACAAGCUCAAAUUACACAUUCGUCGCAGCCAUCUGCUGGAGGACGCCUUCCGUCGGAUAAUGUCUGCCAAUAAGAAGGAUCUGCAGCGCGGACGCCUGGCUGUGCUGUGGGACACUGAGGAGGGUCUGGACUACGGCGGGCCGUCGCGUGAGUUCUUCUUCCUGCUGUCGCGGGAGCUGUUCAACCCCUACUACGGCCUGUUCGAGUACUCGGCCAACGACACGUACACGGUGCAGGUGUCACCGCUGUCGGCGUUCGUCGACAACUGCCACGACUGGUUCCGCUUUAGCGGCCGCGUCCUGGGCCUGGCCCUCGUUCACCAGUAUCUGCUGGAUGCCUUCUUCACCCGGCCCUUCUACAAGGCUCUGUUGCGCCUGCCGGUGGCCCUCAGCGACCUCGAGUCGCUGGACAACGAGUUCCAUCAGUCGCUGCAGUGGAUUCGGGACAAUGACAUCGGCACGGGCAUCGACCUGGGCCUCACCUUUUGCGUCACCGAGGAGCUGCUGGGGCGCGUCGUCGAGCGGGAGCUGAAGCCGGGCGGCAAAAACAUGAUUGUCAACGAGAAGAACAAGAAGGAGUAUCUGGAGCGGAUGAUCAAGUGGCGACUGGAGCGUGGCGUCCAGGAGCAAACGGAGUCGCUGGUGCGCGGCUUCUACGAGGUGGUCGACUCGCGCCUUGUCUCCGUCUUCGAUGCCCGCGAGCUGGAGCUGGUGAUUGCCGGCACCGCCGAAAUCGACACCAACGACUGGCGUCUGAACACAGAGUACCGAUCGGGCUAUCACGACAACCACCAGGUGAUCGUCUGGUUCUGGCAGGUGAUCGAGCGCUUCAGCAACGAGCAGCGGCUGCGCCUGCUUCAGUUCGUCACGGGCACCUCCAGCAUUCCGUACGAGGGCUUCUCCGCCCUGCGCGGCUCCACGGGGCCGCGUCGUUUCUGCAUCGAGAAGUGGGGCAAGCCGAACGCCCUGCCGCGUGCCCACACCUGCUUCAAUCGGCUGGACCUGCCGCCCUACCCCACACCGGAGCUACUCUACGAGAAAUUGCUGCUGGCCGUCGAGGAAACCAAUACGUUCGGCAUCGAGUAGAGGAGGAGCCCCCCGAGUGAUAUUCCACACCCCCAACACCACAUCCAUUCCCUUCCCCAUUGUUACCCUUCACGCAUUCCGAAGCGUUUUAUAUUGAUUUUUUGAUUCUUUAUAACUUGCCUCGUUAUACUGUUAGUUAUUGUACUGUAGUUAUUUACAUAUGCAUACAUAUAUGUACAUAUGUAUGUAGGAACAGAAUUCCAAUCCCAUGGCACGACAGACCGCAUACCAAGCACCCUAGUUCGUAGACCCUUUGCCUUCGUUUGCCGUUUACUGAAUUGAAUUGAAGUUACCUCAUUGAGCAAAGAGCAAAGGUUUGCCGCCAGCGCCGCCAGUCACUAGUCCUAAGAUUUAUACACAAACCAGAGAUACCCUAGAACCUAAGAAACCCACGCUUGAAUUUGCCCCUAGAGACAUUUCCGACCGCCCCCUCCCCAAAAGCUUUUGCAGAAAAAAACUCCAACGUAGUAGCAUUCCCCCAAAGAGACACAGAAACAGCAAGAAAUACAGAGAGAGAAAGAGAGCAAUUCUAUGCCAAUACUUAACUAGCUUGUAAUGUUGUAAUUUCCUUAGCCUUAAUUCCUCAAGAACUCAAUUACACUCCGUAGAAGAUGUUGUGUGGCAUUCCCGCUUUGCAUUACAGAUUGAGGAUAAUGAUGAUAUUGAGGAGCGUAUGGGAAUGUUAGUUAUUAUUACUAUCUACUAUAUACCAUUAAUCCUUUUACUUCCCCCAGAAAGUACGUAAAUUGUUUUUAGAUUUACACAGCCCAAGUCCCCAACCCAUCCCAUAAUGUAAAGGCGCUUUCCUCUGUUUGUGUGUGCGUGCUGGAAGAAUGGAGAUCUCUGGCCAGGACAGAACACACACAUCGGAAUCGGGUGCCUAUACAUACAUUUAUACACGAAUUGGCUGCUGUUUUGCCAAAAAACAAAGAUGAAUGAUUAUUGGUCCAGUGCGUUGCUUUGGCUUUAUUGGUUCUUUCAGCGCAUACAACUUAACGAUAAUACCGUUAAUUAUUACGUGUAUAUUUAACAAGAAACUCAAUACAAAAACCAUUCAAAAUUUAGCUAAAUAAUUGAACAAAUAAUGAAACAAAAAGAGACAAGUUUUUAUGAUUAUUAUUGAUCGAAUAUAAAAUACAAAAGCAAAAGCUAACAAAAAAGUGAUUUCUUUAAAUGUAUUUUUGGCAUUAGUUGAAUAUGAAAAGAGAACGAGACAGAAAGAGACAGGAACAGAUAUGGACAGAGAUAUGUAGCUGCUGGCUAAGAUGAUUUGAAGAGAGACAGCAAUACAUAAACAGAGACGGAGGCAGCAGCAGAAGCUGAGAAAGAGAAACGCUUUUUGAACUACUUAUUGAUAAACGACGAAUGUGUUUUAAUGAAUUAUUAUUAUUAUUAAUGUGCGUGUAUUUAUAAACAAAUUAACUAUGAUUAUAAACCAAUAAAUGUGAGCCUUUUACUUCAACAGUGUA